AUGCGUCGCGAACCAGGCUUGCCGGAUCUCGCACCGAUGAGCUCAGCAAAAAAAGGCUCUAUGAAGAGCUUGGGUAAAGAAGUGACGUUACUUACUAAAUCUGCGACUUUAUCGGAUAACAAAGGAAAUUCUCCAGUAGUAAACACUCUCCCCAGCUCGAUGGGGCAGCGAUACAGUGAACCUCAUAGCAACAUCAGUACCGCCCGAUUGUUAGGGACGAAUGCGCGUAUUACGGAAACAACCCCAAACGCCGACAGCCGGGCCCCAACAGGGGAGCGUCAAACCACCUCAUUUGCUCCAAACGUGGAUAUGGGGCAGCAAGUCAACAAUGGCCUCUAUCGUCGUUCACUUGCGCACUCCCAGAGACAACCGUUUCGUAACAGCGUCUGGGCCUCUUCUGCGGGUGCAUUCACUGGUCCCCAUGCUCCGUGCAGUUUCAUUCCACCCACAAAUUCUUUUAGUAGCGGGACAAUUAACUCAAACAACGUAUAUAUGGUGCAUCUGAGUGGAGAUGACGGCGGAGUCGAGAUGUCCCUUGCACAGCCCUUUCUCCAGCGUGUUGCUGAACUGCGCGGACGCUACAAGGGAAUAGAUAAGGGACAGCCUGAGGAACCUCUUUGUUUGGAGCAGCGUCUAGUACCACCUAUACUGUUGCAUAUAUCCGACGGCGUAUAUGUCUUUGGCAGCCAGGCCACUACUCCUGUGACGUGGGAGCAGUUUUAUGAUGAUUUCAUGACUGUGUGCGAGUGUAUGCAACAUAGUAUCUGUCAAAGCGCAUGUCGCUACCGUCUUCAGGUGCUCGAAGAGAAGUAUGACAUGUAUAGGCUAUGCAACAAUGCAUUUGAGGAGAAUAACGCGCACAACCGCCCCCAUGGUGGUAGCGGUGGCGGUAUUUUCAACAAAAGUAUGAAAGUUGAUAACGGUGUAAUCUUAAAUGGCAUGGUUAGCGCGCCACGGCUCGUAGAGUACAUUCGGGACGUGAUCCGAACCCGUGGUGAGGACAACACUGCGGUGGUACUAGGAGACCAAAGGACCCCGUGCAGCCUGAGGAUGGUGUAUAGGAUGCUUAACUUAACGGAUUUGUCGUCCCUGACGGCCGACGACCUCGGUCUGCAGCCCUCAUUGGUCGAGAAGAUGGAUCGCUUCUAUGACCCUCUAGACACACAGUGCAACAAUGCCGGCGCUAAUGCAUCAGCGCUUCUUCGCCUUUUCCUAACACACGACAAUCCGAACCGCGGUACAUAUUUUGCUGAUGUUGUCAGGCCGUUUCUAGUGCAAAAUGCAGAGCGCGUGCGCUGUCCGAAGGCAGCCGAAGUGAUUCUUUCUGUGACGGGGUUGAUUCCGAAUGAAUGGGAGAAUCUGGCCCAUUGGCUGCAGCGCCACAAUCUGCUCGAACCUUACCGCAAUACUAACCAAUACCUGAUUGCCCUGACGCGUAAGCAUCAGGGUUCGAGGGGUGUACGGCAACAACAGCAGAGCACUGGUAUCGAGAGUGAAGGCGUAGCCCCCAUGGAGGAAACGGAAACGCGGUCGUCAACUACAAACAUUAGCAGCAUUGGUGCCCAGCAACUUCUUGCAUCGCCGGCUCAGCUCAUGCAUGAGAACCAACAACAGUACUUGGAUCAACUCUUCCUACCACUCUUUAUGGCUACCAUUGCCCCCGAGGAUCCACGCAACGCAGCCCUGGCAACGCUUUUAGAAUGCCUCGGGGGCUUUGUGAUUACUCCAGAAUACGAGGAGGGCGACCAAAGUGUAACGAUUGAGAGACAACGCCGGCGCCCUGUGGAUGUUCCGAGCUCGGAACGUGUUAGUGAUAUAUACUUCGCGUAUUAUGUCUGGGCGAACCUUACUUCCCUCAAUGCACUGCGCCGCAGGCGCGGGCUGAAUAUUUUCCAGCUGCGUUCCGCGGGCAUUGGCCCGUCCAGCGGCAGCAGCAGCACCACGCUUUGUCACACCUUAGUCUUUUCCUACCUCUUGUGUGACAGUGUCUACCACGCCACCAUGCUGGAGGAGCAGCCCGUACUGCAGUAUCUCUACGGUUUUCACCACAUUGGAGUGUGCAUGAGCCCGUUGUCCUGUGCUGCGUUUGGGUUCUCUACCUACGCGGCAAACCCUUUUAUCACCUUCUUUCGGCGCGGGUUGCAGACUUCCCUCUGCACCUACAACCCGUUGGCGGUUCACCACUCCGAUGACCCACUCGUUGAAGAGUAUGGCAUGGCGUGCAAGCUCUACCACCUUAGCGGGGUCGAUGUGAGUGAAAUCGCGCUGAACUCAGUCCUGACCUCCUCCUUCCCGGACCACAUAAAAAUGUCUUGGCUAGGAGAAGCAUUCAUAACCGAAGGCUGGCAAGGCAACUCGUAUGAACUCAGUAACGUUCCGACGGCGCGGUUGAUGCUCCGUCACGACAUGUGGGCAAAUGAGUAUGAAAUCAUUUUCAAUCCAACGAGAAAAAAGUCGAUUUCACCGGCAGCCAGGCACAUCGGUUGCACUGAGGAAGAUGCACCGCGAGUAGCACCAACCCGAUGCUGGCCUCCUGUUGACAUUGCAAUGAACGAUGCGGUCGCUGCGGGUUCCACACCACAGUCACCACAGAGCGUGGCGCCCUCUCCGAGUCCCAUGUCCUCACGUCUGUCCGUGACGGGGGGCGAAACCAUGGUGACCGAUGCUACAGCCAACCUACGGGCACCCUAUGCUGUCACGGACCCCCGUAUCAACUUUCCGCGUGUGCAGCUUAUCGGACCAUACGACCGUGAUAUGAAGUAUGCAUGGGUCGCUCAAGCUCUCCUACGUGCGUUGGAAACUCGCAGCUACUAUGUGCGCCCGUACUCAAAUGGAAAAAUUACCCGAGGAGAUUCUCAUCUUCAUUCAGCGUCGGUUGGAAGCACGAAGAAUGCUCCGCGAAAAUGGCAUGAGGUAGUGGUGCAGCAAUACUAUGCCACACAAAAUAUCGAGCAGGCCUUUCGCCGUGAUGAUGAUUCGUUUGAAGAAGAGGAAUGGAUGUUCAAGACAGUUGAUGGGGUCGUGGUACCACACGAAGUUCAUCAGAUCCCACGGCUUCCCCAGGACAUGUGUCAGUACGACGACUUCCGUGUUCACGUACAAGAUCUUAAAUCGCUUAUGGAGAACUAUCUUGUCAGCCAGUUCGCGCAGCGUCGUUUGCAGCUCCUAGAACAUCGAUUUCUUCUUCAUCAGGCAGUGAACCACGGCCUGGAGGCAGGAAGGACGGCUGUGAAAGCGUCUCAGAACCGCGACUUCUAUCAAUCUACAAAGGUGGAUAACACGAUUCGUACGGAGGCGGGCAUGACAGCACGGCAGCUCCUGCAGUUCAUCCUGCAUAAGGCACGCAAUAGUGGCGACGACAUUGUCUGGCAUAAGGAUGGCAAAGAGCCACAGACCCUCCGCCAGCUCUUGCAUAAGCUUCGUAUCUCGCCUGAUUCACUCACAGUCGACGACUUAAAUGUGCAACUUGACAUGAACCUCGGCGGGGCUGCCGCAGAGGCUAGCAACGCCGCUCUCUACACGCCUGAAGGACGCGACGAGCUUCUGACGUUGCUUCUUAAGACUGACAACCACCUCCGCGGGCGUUACUUUGCGGAGCUAACCAAGCUGACCUUUGAUAAUCUCGAGCGCGAUAGGUUUAGUUUUACGGAGUUCCGGCUGACAAUUUAUGGGGCGCGCUCUGACGAGUGGGCGCUGCUGUCGUCAUGGUUUGACACACAUGGCAUGUCGUCGUCGCACAACCGCUGGAUGAUCCAGGUCCCAUGCAUCUAUGGUUAUUUGCAUCGCAACGGCCGCGUACGAAGCUUUGCUGAGUACUUAGAAAAUAUUUUCACACCCCUGUGGUUGGUGUCACUGCAUCCCAGCAAGGAUCCUCGACUUUUUCACCUCUUAACACAUAUCUCUGGUUUCGACAUGGUCGCAGAUGAGCGCCGGCUUGACCUUCCACUAAACCUUGCGACGCGGCCGCCGCAUGAGUGGACUACCGAGGAUGAUCCACCCUAUAACUACUACCAGUACUACCUCUGGGCGAACAUUUACUCCCUUAACGCUUUCCGUCGUCGGCGGAAGUUCUCGGUCUUCUCCUUCUGCCCAAGCAGUGGUGAGUCCGGUCCGGUUGAUCACCUCAUCGGAAGCUUCCUGCUUGCCCACAGUAUUACCUACGGCGUGCAGUUAGAAACGGACCCCGUUCUAGAGUAUCUAUUCUUUCUUGCCCAAAUCGGCGUCGUGAUGUGCCCUCUUAGUAAUAACACGAAGGUGUGUCCGUACCUUCAGAACCCUUUCCCGCGAUUUUUUCAGCGUGGCUUGCGGAUUUCCCUGGGCACUGAUUGCCCUUUGCAGUUCCACCACACACAAGAGCCCCUACUCGAAGAGUAUUCCAUCGCCUCAAAGGUCUGGAAGCUUAGCCCGAAUGAUAUGUGUGAAAUUGCGCGGAAUAGUGUUCUCCUUUCAGGCUUUAGCCCAGUCUUCAAGCAGCAGCACCUCGGCCGCCUUUAUUUUCUUUCCAGUAGUCUCAGCAACGAGCCGUCACGGACGCACCUAUCAGACGUCCGGGUGGCGUAUCGCUUUGAGACCUAUCACACGGAAGUUGGUUACUUAGAGUAUGUAUCGGGGCAGGUACUGCCGAAUAAGGCCAUGCUUACUCAUCAAGAGGAAGACUACGAAAUCGAGCAGCUGGAGGCAGCUGAGGAGCUUCGUCAGCAGGAGGAGCAGCAGCCCAGCGUUCUACUUGGCGUAGGUGGUGGUAUUAUUGAUGCUGAGUCGGGUGCAGCAGACAUCUCACAGCUUCAAGCGCAGCGCAUGCUGCUACGAACUCAACUUGAAGACUUAACCCGCAAUGUUGACGCUUUGCAACACCGCAACCACCAACUCACAGAAAAACUUCAGGAGGAGCGGCGGCGUACCUUGCAGGCUGAGUGUCUGAAGCGGCAGAAGCAUCAGAAUCAGUACGCUAAUACAUCUCUAGACUGCUUAGAGGAGCUGCUGAAGCCUUCAAUCACUAACGUUGAUGGGCUUCUUCCUCAGAAGGAUUCUCUCUCAGAGGCUCCUCAUUCCAUCGAACCUCCUUGUUUGAACUCGGCUAGCAUUAGUAGUGACAAGCACAAUUCAUUGCUUUUAGCUACCAGCGCAUCAAAAUGA